AUGAAUCAAAUGGACCAAACAAAAUUCUGCUGUUCAGUCUGUUUGGAUCUUCUGAAGGAUCCGGUGACUAUUCCCUGUGGACACAGCUACUGCAUGAACUGUAUUAAAAUCUUCUGGGAUGAAGAGGAAAAGAAGAAAAUCUACAGCUGCCCUCAGUGCAGACAGACUUUCACAGCGAGGCCUGUCCUGGUGAAAAACACCAUGUUAGCAGAUUUAGUGGAAGAGCUGAAGAAGACUGGACUCCAAGCUGCUCCUGCUGAUCACUGCUAUGCUGGACCUGAAGAUGUGGCCUGUGAUUUCUGCACUGGAAGAAAAAUGAAAGCCUUCAAGUCCUGUUUAUUCUGUCUGGCAUCUUACUGUGAGAAACACCUUCAGCCUCAUUAUGAUUCACCUACAUUAAAGAAACACAAGCUGGUGGAGCCCUCCAAGAAGCUCCAGGAGAACAUCUGCUCUCGUCAUGAUGAGGUGAUGAAGAUGUUCUGCCGUACUGAUCAGCAGAGUAUCUGUUAUCUCUGCUCUGUGGAUGAACAUAAAGGCCACGACACAGUCUCAGCUGCAGCAGAAAGGACUGAGAGGCAGAGAGAGCUGGAGGUGAGUCGACAAAACAUCCAGCAGAGAAUCCAGGACAGAGAGAAAGAUGUGAAGCUGCUUCAACAGGAGGUGGAGGCCAUCAAUCAGUCUGCUGAUCAAACAGUGGAGCACAGUGAGAAGAUCUUCACUGAGCUGAUCCAUCUCAUCCAGAAAAGAAGCUCUGAUGUGAAGCAGCAGAUCAGAUCCCAGCAGGAAACUGAAGUGAGUCGAGUCAAAGAGCUUCAGGAGAAGCUGGAGCAGGAGAUCACUGAGCUGAAGAGGAAAGAUGCUGAGCUGAAGCAGCUCUCACACACAGAGGAUCACAUCCAGUUUCUACACAACUACCCCUCACUGUCAGCACUCAGUGAGUCUACAGACUCAUCCAGCAUCAAUAUCCGUCCUCUGAGCUACUUUGAGGAUGUGACAGCAGCUGUGUCAGAGGUCAGAGAUAAACUACAGGACAUUCUGAGAGAGGAAUGGACAAACAUCUCACUGACAGUCACUGAAGUGGAUGUUUUACUGCCAGAUCCACCAGAGCCAAAGACCAGAGCUGGAUUCUUAAAUUAUUCAUGUGAAAUCACACUGGAUCCAAACACAGUGAACACAUAUCUGUUAUUAUCAGAAGCUAACAGAAAAGCAACAGUCAUGAAACAACAGUCUUACUCUGAUCAUCCAGACAGAUUCACUGUAUAUGAUCAGGUCCUGAGUAGAGAGAGUCUGACUGGACGUUGUUACUGGGAGGUGGAGUGGAGAGGGGGAGGAGUUUAUGUAGCAGUCGCAUACAAGAAUAUCAGCAGAAAAGGACGGGGUAGUGGUGAAAGUUUAUUUGGAUGUAAUGACAAAUCUUGGUCAUUAGAUUGUAACAACAACAGUUAUACAUUUCGGUACAACAACAUUGAAACUCCUGUCUCAGGUCCUCGUUCCUCCAGAGUAGGAGUGUACCUGGAUCACAGAGCAGGUAUUUUGUCCUUCUACAGCGUCUCUGAAACCAUGACUCUCCUCCACAGAGUCCAGACCACAUUCACUCAGCCGCUCUAUGCUGGACUGUGGCUUUACUCUGAUUAUGGAACCACUGCUGAGUUCAAGAAACUGAAAUAGACUGAAGUCUUUCAUAUUGUGAGUUUAAAUCUGUAUUUUAGUUUCAUUUUAUUUUCUCUCCAUCAUUUCUGCACAGAGAUCAGCUGUCAGUCAAACAUUAUGGGUGGUACCUCCACAUCUUCUAGUUGUUCUCUUGAUGUUUCUGAGUUUUUAAAGGAGAUCUUUCCUGUGACUGUUUAUGGAGGCUAUCACUGCUCAUCAUCAUUUUCAUUUACUAAAAUAUUUCUCCACAUGAAAAUGUAAACUUCUCUAUCCUCUAAAUGUUUCUGGAAUAUUUGUAUUGAAAAAUGUCGACAUUUCUCUUCAUGA